GAGCUUCCGACGCUUUCCCCUUCAAUGGCCGGGUAUAAAAGUGGCCGAAUACUGGAACAUGCAUCUCACUCCUCCACAUCCAAGCCUUCCACAUGCACUCCUGGGCAUUCCUGAUCGUGGCGGCGGCGGCGGCCACAGCGGCCAACGGCCAGUACAACGGCGGCUACGAUGGGCAGCAGCAGUACAAGGCGCCGCCGGUGAACAUCCUGAGCCACAAGCAGGCGCUGGGCCACGACGGCUCAUUCAAGUACUCGUUCGCGGCCGACAACGGGCUGCAGCAGGGCGAGAGCAUCUCCCCCGACGGCAGCAGGGUCGGUUCUUACAGCUACGUCGACCCCAAGGGCAAGACCAUCACGGUGCACUACACUGCUGACAAGAACGGCUUCCACGUGCAGGGCGACCACCUGCCCAAGCCCGUGCAGCCGAUCCACCCCGUGCCCGCGCACGCUGCCCCUCAACCCCAGCAACAGGCUUACCACGGAUACCAGGCCGCCCCCGCGCACAACAACUACAAUCACAACGGUGCGCCUUACUACCAGGCAGCCGCCACUAGCCACGACGACGGAGACUACGACUCUGAGGAAGAAAAGUACGACCCCUCCAAGCCCCAUUCUUUCGGUGCCGGCUACUCCUUCCAGAUCGGAGGCUAGAAGUCUGCUUUUCUUUUUUUCCUCAAAAUCUGUUUAGUUCUUAAGUCAAUCCAGCUCUGUGAUCCUUAAAAUUAGCUUUCAGAGGGGCGUGUGCGCUUGUUCCUUAUUAGGUAGUGUGUGUUGGAGUUUUUUUGCCAACUGGAGGUGAUUAUUUUUUAAGGGUUAAAACCCGACAAUUACAGUCCUCUUGGCAAAGUUGGAGUUUCCGAGAUCUCCUCAAAAUUUGUACUCAGUUAUUGAUGAAAUUCUUGUUUAUAUGUUAUCUCUAGUUACUUUUUUAAUUAUCUGAAUAAGAGAGCCGCAUUUAUGUCAGAACAAAUAAAAAUAUAUUAAGAAUUUACAAUA